AUGAGCAGACUUUGCCUUGAGAAAGGCAAGACCAUCCCUGGAGGUUCCAUCGUGCUCACCGCUUCUGUGGGAGGUCUCAAAGCCAACGCCGGCCCCAUCCCAUACUUUGCUGCCAAAGCGUCCGUCAUCUCCAUGGCACAAACUUCGGCAUUUGCUUUGAAGGGCACGAAUAUUCGGGUGAAUGCUAUCUGUCCUGAAUUCAUUGACGCCAGCCUACCGAUCUUCUUCUACGACGAGCCCAUCCUGUCGCAAGAUCUCAAUCUCGAGAUAGUGGCGAUCGCCCUGUAUCGACAAGCCUUCCCCGAGAUCUCGACAAUGUCGGAACUUCGACAGACUGUGCAACGCACGGCACGGCACUGUCGAGACCAAGGCUUGGGGAUGCUCCAGAUCUCAUCCAAGGAUGACAUUCUCCCCGAGCCUUUUUUGAUUGACUCCUCGUCCACUCCGGGAGAUCAGCAACACGCAUCAGCUUUCUCGUACAGGGUGGCGUCAGAACAAUUGGUAUCUCUCGGGUUGAGAGCUGGAUAUCUCGGUCCGAUCACCGCCUAUUGCUUCCGGUACAACUUCGCCAAUGUAAUCGGAGGGGCAGCGGACGAUAGUUCUCUGGCCACGUCGUUCGGCCACACGGUCUACAGCUCGGCUAGGUUACGCCAUUACACCGCCAACAUGCCAUUGUACGACCCGGUGUUGCCCAGAUCCAGUGACCGCAUAUUGCUUCCGAUACAAUUUUGGGAAUGUUAUUGA